AUGGCCGUCUCCAAUAACAUGGCUUCUUCCCAGAUUGACGAAACGAAGGGCCCCAAACAUAUCGAUGCCUCGCCUCGUCCAGUCAAUGUCUAUACCAAUGAUGAGACUUCUUCUCUCGGCAAGGGCGAUGUCCUCGGUGCCGAGCACGUCGAUCUGGUCUUAAAUGCCAAAAUGCACUUGGUCAACAAUGCCAUCGACGAGAUCGGUUUCACCGGCUACCACUGGAAACUAUUUGUCCUCAAUGGUUUUGGAUACGCAGUUGAUUCUCUGCUUCUCCUGGUUCAAGGGAAUAUCGCCUCAUAUGCCGCCAAAGAGUUUCAAUCGUCUUUUCCUAAGGCAGAUGUCAUUGGCCGCAAGUUCGCCUUCAACUUCUCCCUCAUGAUCUCUUCGGUCUUCGCUAUUUUCGCUGGCGCUUCUCCGAGUUGGACUGUUCUUGGUCUUUUCAUCUGCUUGUCCGCAUUCGGAAGUGGUGGUAAUCUUGUACUCGACACGGCCGUUUUCCUCGAGUAUCUCCCCAGCCAGAGCCAAUGGAUGAUCACUGCCUUGGCUGCGUGGUGGGGAGUGGGACAACUAAUCGCUGGUCUGUUCUCUUGGGCUUUCCUUCCUGACCACUCUUGCGCCACUGCUGCGACAUGCACUCGCGCGAACAACAUGGGCUGGCGCUAUGUGUGGUUUGCAAACGGCGCUCUCGUCUUUGUGAUGUCUCUUGCCCGCAUCUUCGUCAUCAAGCUCAGGGAAACACCGAAGUUCCUUAUUGGUGAAGGCAAAGAUGCUGAAGUGAUUGAGACUCUGCAGUUUAUUGCGACCAAGUACAACCGACCUUGCAGUUUGACUUUGGAGCAGCUAGAGGCAUGUGGUGACAGUNCAUGCGGCGUGAGUCUUUAUUGCAUGAAUUUUGCGAUGUUGAGACAAGUACUCACACGUGGUUCCAGCACGUCUGCUUCACAUGCGAAGUUCAAGUUCUCUCUCAUGGAAGUUGUCGUCCAUUGCCGCGGUCUUUUCGCAACCAAACGGAUGGGACUUUCAACAUCUCUGAUCUGGUUCUCAUGGCUUCUCAUCGGCUUGGCUUAUCCUCUCUACAAUGUCUUCCUACCCACUUACCUGGCUACCCGCGGUGCAGAAUUCGGCGAACAGUCUCAAACCAUUUACUGGCGCAACUAUGCUAUCGCUAAUCUCUGCUCCAUCCCAUCUCCAAUUCUGGCAGGAUACAUGUGCAAGAGUAAAUUCUUCUGGGGCAGAAGAGGAACCAUGAUCAUUGGCGCUCUCAUCACUAUGGCCUUUUUCUUCGCAUACACUCAAGUUCGCAACAAUGCUCAGAAUCUUGCUUUCACUUGCUGUAUCGGCUUUUUCUUGAACAUCUACUAUGCCACGCUCUAUGCAUACACUCCUGAAGUCCUUCCAUCUGCUCAUCGUGGCACUGGAAACGGCAUCGCUAUUGCGCUCAACAGAGUCAUGGGUAUCAUCAGCGCAGUGGUCGCGACCACGCCCGUCCCAAUCUACAUCUGCGCCGCAUUGUAUAUUGUCAUGGCUGUAAUUGCCGCUGUGUUCCCUUUCGAACCCAUGGGCAAGAGAAGUUCCUGA